AUGCGUCCCUUCAACUUAAUUCUGCUCCUCUUCGCGUUGGCGGUCCUCGUUGGCGCCACCCGCGAUUACACGCCGAUCCCAAUCUCGAAGGAAAUCAGUGUAUACGCCCUCACCAAGGCUGCUAAGCUUGUGACACCUAAAGACAAGGCCAUAUUCUGGUCUCAGAGUCCCCCGGCCGGAUUCGAUGAUAUGAAUCAAUACCUGAAAAAGCAGUACAUACCAACCAGCGGCGGCAAGAAAUUGAUUAUGGACCUGAUAAUGGAUAUCGGCGGGCCGCCCAAAGAGUGGGAGCAGGAUUAUGCAUACUGGGCAGCUAUGAGCAGGUGGUUCGCAGCCGGCGCGUCGGGGGAGGUCGUAUAUCUUAUAGGAAGGCCGCGUGAAGGCUUCAGGUACAAGCAGUCGGUCUUCUUCCAGACGGAGCUGCCAGAACUCACAAAAAGCGGCAGUAAGGUCACGAGGAUUGUGGCGAUAGAUGCAAUAAACCUAGCGAACCAGAGGGUCAUCUGGGAGCCUGGUUAUGGUCACUGGGGGAUGGACGGGGUAAAUGAGGCAGAAACGCCUGCUGAUAUCUUUGAAGUUCCAGGGCCGGCAUGUGGUAUUAGUAAGAUGAAGAGGGCGGGUGUGAAGUCGACGUCGUCAUGUCCACUUCCUGGAGCUAAAGGCAAGGCGAAGGAUGGGAAGGGAGGGACAACCAAGGGUCAAGCCGCGGCAGGACCGGGAAAGAUCGGGCAGAAGGGGGCGGCCGGUAAGGGCACCGAUGCUACGGCAGCUAGUAAGAAGGCUAGUGCGAAGAAGACAGAGCCAAAGCCAGCGGCGAAGUCGACUACAGCGGCCAGUAAGAAGCGUAAAGGAAAAAGGGCAGGUCCUAGUAGGAUCUCUUGGGAUUCUUAG